GGGUCCGCCAUGGCCUCAAACUGCGCGGGGAGCUCGUCGGCGGUGGGCGUCGGGGCGGCGCUAGGGUCGACUCUUAGCGCUAGCAAGACCAAGACCAAGAAGAAACACUUCGUGUGCCAGAAGGUGAAGCUGUUCCGGGCCUCGGAGCCGCUGCUCAGCGUCCUCAUGUGGGGGGCCAACCACACGAUCAACGAGCUCAGCAAUGUUCCCAUCCCUGUCAUGUUGAUGCCAGAUGACUUCAAAGCCUACAGUAAGAUUAAGGUGGACAAUCAUCUAUUCAACAAGGAGAACUUGCCAAGUCGCUUUAAAUUUAAGGAGUAUUGUCCACUGGUGUUCCGAAACCUCCGAGAGAGAUUUGGGAUUGACGAUCAAGACUACCAGAACUCGGUGACACGAAGUGCCCCAGUGAACAGUGACAGCCAGGGCCGCUGUGGGGCCCGAUUCCUCACCACCUACGACAGGAGGUUUGUCAUUAAGGCUGUGUCGAGCGAGGAUGUGGCAGAGAUGCACAACAUCUUAAAGAAGUACCAUCAGUUCAUAGUGGAGUGUCACGGAAACACCCUCCUGCCCCAGUUCCUUGGCAUGUACCGGCUCACCGUGGAUGGGGUAGAAACCUACAUGGUGGUUACCAGGAAUGUCUUUAGUCACAGGCUGACUGUGCACCGCAAGUAUGACCUGAAGGGCUCAACAGUAUCCAGGGAAGCAAGCGAUAAAGAGAAGGCCAAGGACCUACCAACAUUCAAGGACAACGACUUCUUGAAUGAGGGUCAGAAGCUGCAUGUUGGAGAAGAGAGUAAAAAGAACUUCCUAGAAAAGCUGAAGCGGGACGUAGAGUUUUUAGCUCAGCUGAAGAUUAUGGACUACAGCUUGCUGGUUGGGAUCCAUGAUGUUGACCGAGCAGAACAAGAAGAGGUGGAAGUGGAGGAUCGGGCAGAGGAUGAGGAGUGUGAGAAUGAUGGUCUGGGAGGCAACCCUAUUUCCUCCUAUGGCACACCCCCUGACAGCCCUGGUAACCUCCUGAACUACCCUCGCUUCUUUGGGCCUGGAGAGUUCGAUCCUUCUGUUGACGUCUACGCCAUGAAAAGCCACGAAAGUUCCCCCAAGAAGGAAGUGUACUUCAUGGCCAUUAUAGACAUUCUUACGCCAUAUGAUGCGAAGAAGAAAGCUGCACAUGCUGCCAAAACAGUGAAACAUGGGGCUGGGGCAGAGAUCUCCACCGUGAACCCAGAGCAGUACUCUAAACGCUUCAAUGAAUUUAUCUCCAAUAUCCUGACAUAGUUGUAAUCAGCCUUCAGCGAGAAAGGAAGAGAAGAGGGGCUACUUACAAACACAGAAUGCAGCCUCUGACACUAAAACAGACACUGUAGCAGCAUGUGGGGUGUGUGUGGGUGUGUGCAAGAGUGAGUGUGUGGCACUGUGUGACUCGAGAAAACUAAUUCUAGGUGCACCCUCCAACAGUCCACUUGACCCAGGUGGAAAAGUGGGUUUUUAUGUUACAGAAGUGCCCAGACAUAGAUUUGAGGGCUUUUAAAAACAAGAAAAGUGCAUUGUUUCAGCACUGUUCUUUCUAAUGACAUUUUCUCCUUCCUCUCUGAUCAAGAGAAUCCCGUAGGGAUAUGAUGUGUGGCACUGGAUUAAAAGGGGUCGCUCUAGAUCAUGUUCAGUGGGAGUGAAGCAGUGACUGAUUCCACAAACUACUAUAUUAUUAUUAUUAUUGGACUGUCUUUACCAGAAGGACAUACAAGCCCUUUUUAUUUCCCUUUUGGUAGGAAUUGGAAGGAAAAUAGCUCACCAUUUCAAGGAUGGAAAAUAUUACUCUGAUAAGGAGGAGUCGCUGAACUUUAGGUAAAUUCAGACUGGGACACUUUUUUUGUUGUUGUUGUUAAUUUAAGUAACAAAACCUUAUUCGUUUUUGUAACUGCACUUGAUUUACAAGAAAGACAAGGGGAAUGAACAUCUACCAAAGAUGAUCACUUAAAAAGGUGUAACUCCUAGAACCUAAAGAUACCACCCAGUAUAAAACGUAGCGGAGGAAUUGAACAACCUCGGAUAAUAACGUGCUCAGACCUGUUGUGCUUUAAAUUAGCCAACUCUGAAGAUUUCCUAAAAGAAAUGUAGAUAUGAGAUAGUAUUUGACUCUCUGGAACAGUUUCCCUGUGGCACCUCGGUCAGGAUUUACCGUCUCUCUUAGAUUACAGCUUCCCAUCACAGUUCUGCCAGUGUUAAUCUAGCUAAUGUUCAGUCUUCCUUACUUUGCCCAAUCUGCAACAGGUACUUGAAUGUUUCCUGACAGAGGUUCUUUGGUUAGCUUGGUGUAUUUUUUUAAAUGACAAUGUGACUUGCACAUGAAGGAGUUGGACUCACUGCCGGUGGAGAGUGCUGGGAGCUGUGACUGUGGAGCAAGUUCCACUGCUCAAGAGGACUCAGGACUUGAGCUGUGAUUGGGUUUACUCUUCUCUGCUCCAUACCCCUCUAGAGUGACAGCCAAGGAGUGGAAAUAUUUGAACACUUGUGCCAGAUUAUUCUUCCCCCCUCAAAGGAAUUUGAACUGAUUUGAGUGACUGAAUAACGUCCUGUUUUGUCUCCAGAACACUUGUAAUAUUUUUCACAGCCAAACUUGUCAGACUUGCUUUGAUUUUUGUUAGCUCUGCUGCACAACAGUUACAGAUCUUUUGAUGGUUCUUUGUUUCUUUCUUUCUUUCUUUUUCUUCUUUUAAGCAGGAUUUAGCAUUUUGAACAAAACUCUUGCAGUUGAAACAUGUCGCUUCUCUGCCUUGAAACUGUUUUCACAUAUGCCUUUGUUUCGGGAAUAAGCCGUCUUGAAUGUCUGUCCUGUUCUGUAAUGCGUGCUACAGUUUGCUGUGUGGAAUUUGGUCCUUUUGAGGAUAACUGGUGCUCAUCACAUCCUGGUAAUUUCCCUAGGCUUAACACUAGCUCUGAUCUGGAUUCUGAAUGUGAGUUUAGGGGUUUUUUUGAUCUUCAUACCCGCAUUCAUCACAGGAAUCCCACAGGUCUCAACUUUGAAGGGGACAAAAUUCAGCCCAUUGAGAGUGCACUGUAAAUAGUCUGUAAGAAAUCAAAACUUAAUCUUAAGGGUCAUCAUGGGAUAGGAAUGUUUUUAUUCAUUCAUGGGUCAUUCCCUUUGACGUGGGACAAAUUUCCUUCUGCCACUGUAGUCCAGUCCCUGUUCUGUGUGAUAUGGGGGCUAACACACCAUUGUCUGGGAGGCUGAAGAGUCUUGUGUCUUGAGGUGUGUAGCUGGAAAAGCCACAAAACAAAUGCAGCUAUGAGAAUGCUUUAAAAAGGGGAGGACUUGGAGGGUGUCAUGAGCUUCGUCUUGUGGGCUUCGUCUUGGUUGCUUUUCUCUUGAAAAAUAAGCACUUAAGUUUGCUACCAAUUAGAAAUUAAACACCCAUCACUUUUUAUUCUUGACAGUUUUAAAAAUCUACAUUGAAUCUGCAACUUUGGCCUGGUAAGUUUGCCCUUCUCCUUUUGGGGAACUAGCUUGUACCUUUUAAAAUUAUUACCUUUAAAUCAUGUAUUAAAAAACCACACAAACAAACAAACAAAAAGAAGUUAAAAAGGGGGGAGGAAGGGGCAAGGAAAUUAGUGAACUGCAGACACCCUGCACUGAGACACUACAAAACAACCCAAAGAAUGAAGCUUACACAGCUAGGAACAACGGACUCACUCAUUGGAUUUCAUAAACAGGACUGAAAUUAAAAUGGAGUUAGUUCCUGCAGCAAUCUUUACAGAAGUCAUGAUACUAAGGGCUUAAGAGCAGUUAACUAUUUCCUUAUUCCACUCCAGACUCCUGCUAGAAUUUAAUUGGCUGCUUCUAGCUCAAGUGAUAUGAAAAGCCCCAUAAACUCGAUUCCCUUUAGCACUUCCUCAAUUCUGCCACUUCUGUCAAGUUGGCAUACUGUGUGUAUUGAAGUAAUUAAAUGCAAUUUUCUCACUUAAUGAUGUAUUACCCAGGUAUGUAACUUUAACAUAAGCAUUUUAUAUAUUGUUUACAUUUUGAGAGGUAGCAUUACGUUAAAAAUGCUAAUUUUUGUUUCUAGACGGUAUUUUUAUUACCAGAAUAAGAAGUGAAGCUGCAGAUAUUUGAUUUGUUUUUAGAAUGGACUUUUCUUUCUUUUGGGGGUUUUUUUGUUGUUUUGUGGGCUUUUUUUCCUUUUUUUUUUUUAAUCUUAUUUUAGGUCACUUUUUUAACUUCAGUAUUUAAAAGGAAAACCCAGCCCUUUCAAUUCUGGUUUUACAACUGCUUGUGCUAGUUUCUUGUCUGUCUGGUGUGAAAUUUAGUUCUAGUUUGCUGAAUGUAGAUGUUUCUGUCCGUAGCAUGUACCCUGCAGAACACUUUACACUGAAGUGCAUUUGGCUGAAAACCACCCUGGGCUGAAGGAGUUGCAGUAGGUAGGCAGAUCUCUCAGAUCCUGGUCAGAAUGCAGCAAAUUGCAGUGCAAUUCUUUGGCCAACUGGAGUUUCAAAAAGAAAAACAAAACCCCUGUGCAGUGUCUCAUCUCCAGUGCCUAAAGGCAGGGGGUUUGUAUGGAAAGUGAGGUUCAGGGUCUAUAGUCAUGCCUGUACCCAGGGUCUCUCUGAACAUAGACCUGAUUUGUCAGAAUUUAAGAGCUGAAAACUGCUUUGCCCGUUGACACAGCUCUUACAGUGUGAGCAAGAGUGGAAGAGGGAAGGCAGAGUGCAGAGUCUCAGUUUGAAUGCUAUUCUGCUCCACUAGUGCAAUAAAAAACAGUCAGGAACAUGCUGGAUCACCCCUUAAUAGGAGCCCUGUGUUCUGGGGGUACCAGGCAGCAUCUGCCCUGUGCUUCAGCUUUGGCCUCAGCAGAGGGCCUGGAUCUUGCUGUAAGGAAGGAGAAUGUCACCAGGAGUUCACUUCUCACAGCAGGGAGCAGUGGGAUCCCUCCCUCUGGGCUUGGACUCCAAUUGUGACCUGGUUUUAAUUACAAAAGCCACCUUUGUGACACUCAUCACAGGGAGAACUUCUAGGGUAGGUGACUCCAGGUUUCCUGCACAAAUGAGGCUCUAUUUCCACAUCCUGGGUUUGAAUUGGAUUAUCAUCAGCAGUGACAAUACAAACACUUGAAUCUUUGUUUCCUGGGAGGAAACUCCUGCUUUCCCCUCUUAUCAGCUGGGACCUUGCCUCUUAGCCCAAGGAGGGUCCAAAGCAAGGUUGUAUCAUAGUUAUGGGCUGUGUUUGGUAGGGGUUGUGUCUUGGCCUCGACAGAUAGAUGCCUCCCAGUCCUGUGACUGACUACUAUGCAGUCUUUACAGAUGCCUCCCUUCAAGCUGCACAGAGGUCAAAAGUGUUUAACCUCAAGAUGGUACAAACCUUUCAGAAAUCAGUGUAUGCAUCCUCAACUUGGUUUGCAACCCCCCCCCCAACUGAUCUGAGACAACCCAUCCUUCCAAAACACCCAUCCUCUCCUCCUCUUGCCUGGUUUCAGGUUUGCCUGUCAACUUGCCCUACUUCUGCAGAGCCAUUCUCCAGUCUCCAUGUUAGCCACUACUGGUUUUCCUUGCUCUUUGAAUUGAGGGAUAGCAAAGCUCAGGGGAACCAGCUGCUGGGCUUCCCUGGGUUGUGGCAGUUUGGGUUUUCACCACUCAGAAAGUUGUGCUGGUCUGUUCAGCUGCAGGACAAGAAACAGCAGCUGGAUGGAGUUGUGUCAAGUGAGGGUGUUGCACACAGGUCACAAAGGUGAGUAGGGCUAAUCAGUGCAACUGAAAAAAAAGUGAAAAAAAAAAAGUGAAUAAGUUUAAUCUAAAACUAAAAAGCAAAAAGCAUUCUAGGAUUCUUUUUUCACUGCUGUUUUUUAAAUAGGAAUUUUAAGUCCUUGGUGCUUGUCUGUUUGCUAGGAGCAGUUUGAGACACUGUUACUGUUUUGAAAUGCAUGCAUGUUACAAGAUGAGUCUCC